AUGGCCCUGGACGGCGAGCGGGGGGAGCAAGAGGAGGAGAAGAAAAAGAAGAAGAAGAAAAAGAAGAGGAAGAAGAAGAAGGAGGAGGAGGGGGCCAAGAAGAGCAGCUCACCCUUCGCAGCCACCAUGGGAGAAGACGACAGCGCGCUCCGGGCAGGCAACAGAGGGCUCUCGGACCCGUGGGCUGACUCGGUGGGAGUGCGACCCCGCACCACCGAGCGCCACAUCGCGGUGCACAAGCGGCUCGUGCUGGCUUUUGCGGUGUCCAUAGUGGCACUACUCGCGGUCACUAUGCUUGCGGUGCUCCUCAGCCUGCGCUUCGAGGAGUGUGGGGCAAGCGCCGCGCCAGGUGCCGACGGUGGCCCCGCGGGCUUCCCCGAGCGCGGUGGCAACGCUAGCCUCCCGGGAUCAGCCCGGCGCAACCACCAAGCGGGCGGGGACUCCUCGCAGCCGGAGACCGGCGGGGUGGGCAUCCCGGGAACCCCUUCUGCCCAGCCGCCGUCGGAGGAGGAGCGGGAGCAGUGGCAGCCUUGGACACAGUUGCGCCUAUCGGGCCAUCUCAAGCCGCUGCACUACAAUUUGAUGCUCACCGCCUUCAUGGAGAACUUCACCUUCUCCGGGGAGGUCAACGUGGAGAUCGCGUGCCGGAACGCCACCCGCUACGUCGUGUUGCACGCUUCCCGAGUGGCGGUGGAGAAGGUGCAAAUAGCCGAGGACCGGGCUGGCGGGGCUGUCCCGGUGGCGGGCUUUUUUCUCUACCCUCAAACCCAGGUCUUGGUGGUGGUGCUGAAUAGGACCCUGGACGCGCAGAGGAAUUACAACCUAAAGAUUAUCUACAACGCCUUGAUAGAGAACGAGCUUCUGGGCUUCUUCCGCAGCUCCUACGUGCUCCACGGGGAGAGAAGGUUCCUUGGUGUUACUCAGUUUUCACCAACACAUGCCAGAAAGGCAUUUCCAUGUUUUGAUGAGCCAAUCUACAAGGCCACUUUCAAAAUCAGCAUUAAGCAUCAAGCAACCUAUUUAUCUCUAUCCAAUAUGCCAGUGGAAACUUCCGUGUUUGAGGAAGAUGGAUGGGUAACGGAUCACUUUUCACAGACACCUCUCAUGUCCACAUAUUAUUUAGCCUGGGCGAUUUGCAACUUCACAUUCAGAGAAACCACCACCAAGAGUGGGGUUGUAGUACGGUUGUACGCAAGACCUGAUGCGAUCAGAAGAGGAUCCGGGGACUAUGCUCUCCAUAUUACAAAGAGACUAAUAGAAUUUUAUGAAGACUACUUUAAAGUGCCCUAUUCCUUGCCAAAACUAGAUCUUUUAGCUGUGCCUAAGCAUCCGUAUGCUGCUAUGGAGAACUGGGGACUAAGUAUUUUUGUGGAACAAAGAAUACUACUGGAUCCCAGUGUUUCAUCUAUUUCUUAUUUGCUGGAUGUCACCAUGGUCAUUGUGCAUGAGAUAUGUCACCAGUGGUUUGGUGACCUCGUGACUCCUGUGUGGUGGGAAGACGUGUGGCUGAAGGAAGGUUUUGCUCACUACUUUGAAUUUGUGGGUACAGACUACCUCUACCCUGGCUGGAACAUGGAAAAACAGAGGUUUCUGACAGAUGUUCUGCAUGAAGUGAUGCUGCUUGAUGGUUUGGCCAGUUCCCAUCCUGUAUCCCAGGAAGUGCUACGGGCAACAGAUAUUGACAGGGUGUUUGACUGGAUCGCAUAUAAAAAGGGUGCUGCUUUAAUUAGAAUGCUGGCUAAUUUUAUGGGCCAUUCAGUUUUCCAGAGGGGUUUGCAAGAUUAUUUAACCAUUCAUAAGUAUGGCAAUGCAGCGAGAAAUGAUCUCUGGAAUACAUUAUCAGAGGCUUUGAAAAGGAAUGGAAAAUAUGUAAAUAUACAAGAAGUAAUGGAUCAGUGGACACUCCAGAUGGGUUAUCCUGUUAUCACCAUCUUGGGAAAUACAACAGCAGAAAAUAGAAUAAUAAUUACCCAACAACAUUUUAUUUAUGAUAUCAGUGCUAAAACUAAAUCACUUGAACGCCAAAAUAACAGUUACCUGUGGCAGAUUCCAUUAACUAUUGUAGUAGGAAAUAGAAGCCAUGUGUCUUCAGAAGCAAUUAUUUGGGUGUCUAACAAAUCAGAGCAUCACAGAAUAGCUUAUUUGGACAAGGGAAGCUGGCUGCUGGGGAACAUCAAUCAAACGGGUUACUUCAGAGUCAACUAUGACCUGAGGAACUGGAGGUUAUUAAUUGAUCAGUUAAUCAGGAACCAUGAGGUUCUUUCUGUCAGUAAUCGUGCAGGUUUGGUUGACGAUGCCUUUAGCCUGGCCAGGGCUGGCUAUUUGCCUCAGAAUAUUCCUCUAGAGAUUAUCAGAUACCUGUCUGAGGAGAAGGAUUUUCUUCCUUGGCACGCUGCCAGCAGAGCUCUUUAUCCUCUAGAUAAAUUACUGGACCGAAUGGAGAACUACAAUGUCUUCAAUGAAUAUAUUUUAAAGCAAGUUGCAACAACCUACAUUAAGCUUGGAUGGCCGAAAAAUAAUUUUAAUGGAUCUCUUGUUCAAGCAUCCUACCAACAUGAAGAACUGCGUAGGGAAGUGAUAAUGCUCGCAUGCAGCUUUGGCAAUAAGCACUGUCACCAGCAGGCAUCGACACUCAUUUCAGAUUGGAUUUCCAGCAACAGGAACAGAAUACCAUUAAAUGUUAGAGACAUCGUCUACUGUACAGGAGUGUCACUACUGGAUGAAGAUGUUUGGGAAUUCAUAUGGAUGAAAUUCCACUCCACUACAGCAGUUUCUGAAAAGAAGAUAUUGUUGGAGGCCUUAACUUGUAGUGAUGACAGGAAUUUAUUAAACAGGCUUCUAAAUCUGUCUCUGAAUUCUGAGGUGGUGCUGGAUCAAGAUGCAAUUGAUGUCAUAAUCCACGUAGCUCGAAAUCCCCAUGGCCGAGACCUUGCUUGGAAGUUUUUUAGAGAUAAAUGGAAGAUAUUAAAUACCAGGUAUGGAGAAGCAUUAUUUAUGAAUUCCAAACUUAUCAGUGGAGUUACAGAAUUUCUUAAUACUGAAGGUGAACUCAAAGAGCUAAAGAACUUCAUGAAGAGCUAUGAUGGGGUAGCUGCUGCCUCUUUCUCACGUGCUGUGGAAACCGUUGAAGCCAAUGUGCGCUGGAAAAUGCUUUAUCAAGAUGAGCUCUUCCAAUGGCUGGGGAAAGCUCUGAGGCACUAAUAUGUGUCUCUUAUAAAAAAAAAAAAAGACUGAGAUUUUUGGAAGAGGACCUGUUUUAUGUGGAAUGAGGAAAACAUGCUGUGUAAAAAAAAAAAAAUGGCCAGAUUUUCAGUGUUAACGUGUGGGAGGAUUUUUUUUUUUUUUUUACUCUUUAGUUUGGGGGAUUAAUUUUUGUUUCAUUCAUUCACUUUUGUUUCUUUAUUGGGUGUUCUUUAGAGAAACUCUUGCAAGUGAAACUUGCCAUGGUUGCUUCAGCUGUACAUUCCUUGCUGUACAGGACCAAAUAUGAUAGUGAUGCAUGUUGAUGUUGCAGUCAGUUUGGAAAAAAAAAAUCAUAUUCAGAAUAUUCUGUGCAUGGAUGUAUGGUCCUGCCUGUGUUCCAGCAUGCUUAUUUAAAAUGUCCAAUGUUGUAUGUGAAUAUAUGUUCCAUCCAGGAUGGGCAUUAUGCAAAAGCACAAAGAUUAUCUAUGACAAUCAGUGUUGCAAUGAAAGAAAAACUAAAAAGGGUAGUUAGAUUCUUAGUGUUAGACAAUGGGAGAGAUAAAAUAACCCUUUAAGUGAACAGUGUCAUUUAUUUCAGCACUUGGAUUGUCUGGCAAUGAUUACUGUGUUACUAACUCACUUUCUUUGAGUUAAAGCUCUGUACACAUUUAAAAAGGCAUAUAGAUAGUGUAUACAUAUGUAUAUGUACAUAGGGAAGCCCCGUAUGUAUAUAGUAUGUUGUACACUGCACACGUGCAAAGAAUCUCGUAAAUCUAAGAAAAUUUAUCUCUUUUUAUAAAUGUGUAGAUGUUUGGAAAAGGGUUAGAGGAAUUUAUCUCAACAUUAUCCUUCCUAUUUCCUAACUAAAUUUCUCAACUUAUUUUUCAUUUACUUUCUGAAGUAUGGUUUACUCUACUACAUGAAGAUGAAUCCUAACAAAAUUUAUUGUGUAAACCAUUCUUCUAAGUCUCCUAAAUCAGUAGCAGCCAUGCAUAUAGAUUGUGUCAUCAUUGGUCAGAUGUUCUAUUCAGUAUAAUAAUUGUGUAAACUUAGUACUGCCAAUACUGAGAAAGUGUUUAUUUUCCAUCUUGUUUGUCCAUCUCAUGUUGGAGAGUUAAAGUUGCUCUCUGUGUGUUGGUCUUUAUGUCUGUGUUGCUCCAAUCCUCCAUUAAGCAACCAUACCUCAAUAGGUCUAUUAGCAUUUAAUGACCUUUUAUGCCACUUGUGCCAUCCCUUGAGAUAAGAAGUUUCUUUUCAUGUGUUAAUGUACAAAGUCUUUCCUUUAGUAUUGACAACUCUAUUCUACCUGGGAAUUUUGAAUAGCCAUUGGCUUUGUAUUACAUAACAAAAUAUUUUUAAAUGAUAUUUUCACCCAGUAGGCCAACUCUUUAAACACUACUUAGAUGCUUCAGAAUUAACAUAUUUUAAAUUUACCAUUAUUAAAUACCAAUAAAACUACUAUACUUAAGCCAAAUUUUUGUGGACCACUUCCUAUUUUCCUGAGGUGUUCCAUUCCUCCAAACCUUGCAAAUCAUUGAAACAUGUGUUCUGAAAUUAAGUCACUGAAUACUGAAAAGACCCUUAGACGUAUAUGAGACUGGAGCCAUAGAAUUAUUUUAAGUUUAUAGAAAAGAAGAGCAAUUUCAUAACCCAUAGAAUAAGUACCACCUAAAAUUGAAUUUUACUAUUUAAGCAUUUGCUACUUUACUCAUACCUAAAAUGUUCAGUAUUUUGUUCAAUUGAAGCACAUGAAUUUUAAAUAUUCUGUGUAGUCUUAAUAAAACAUGAAAAUGCUUCGUAUAAAAUCUAAAAGUUAUACCACCCAUCAGAAGCAAUGGAAUCCAAUUACUACAUGUCAAAUUUACAAAUUCCUUAAGGGGAAAGUUCUAAAACAUGAUAAUACCAUCACAUUGCUGUGUAGGUCCCAGAUAUUCAUGUAAUAGAGAUGAUAAAAAUUAGAGGUGGAUAUUCUUGUUUUGUGUCAUGAAUUACUGAAAAUUCCUAGUAGCUGUGGCAUUGUGUGUAUGUGUGUGUGUCUGUGUCUGUGUCUGUGUGUGAGUGAAAUCACCAUUUUCAAAUUUGAGUUAGAAAGGCUUUUACAGUUCUUUUUCCUCCCCACUGUUAAUAAUCAUAAUCCUCUUUCAGUAUUUUAGUGGCCUUGAACAACUGGUUUAGCUACAAUAUCAAAUCCCAAGUGUAUAACUAUGUGCAAUGUUAAUACCUCAUAUAAUAAUUGUUCAACAGUAUAGUGGUACCAAUGGCAUUGAGAUGGCAUUUUUGUUCUACAUAUUUUUCAGUAAUUUAACCUUUCCAAUGUUGAAAUUAUAUCAGGCUUUAACGUUUUUUAGUUGUUUUAAUAAGUAAUAUUUUCAAAAUAAUAAAAUAACCAAUGAUAUCUCUUGGAAUAUUCUGUAAGAUGUAGUUAUAAAAUUAUAUUUUCUACUUAGAGUUUUAUCUGUUCUCUCUUCUUUGUCUGCUUUACAAAUCAAAAAGAUGAAUGAAACCACACACUGUUGAAAGUGUUCAGCAUCUAGUGUUAAAAAUUUACUGUGCCAAUAUAUGUACAAGAAGAAAACUUGUUUUCCAUUAGAAAAGACCAAAUUACUUACCAUACCAUGUUGGGUAUUAGUUGUUUCCAGGUGACAUGUAAAUAAACCGGUUUCCCAAUUUUUACACAUUUUUUUCCUUAAAAAUUUCCUAUAAUCUUUGAAGUUUUUAAUAUAUAUAAUCUCAACCUUUAAGGCUAUAUCUAUGAUGCUUCUGUUCUUAAAUUUCCAUAGCAUGUAUUUUAGCUGGGCCUUAAACUCACCUUGGUUUAUAGUAUUUCCUGGAUAAUUGUAUCAUAGAACUCAGAUUUUUUGUGUUAAUAAAAUUUACAAACAUUAUAACUACUAUUUUAGAAAGUUAUAAGCUUAUGCCAUGAACUUAUAAAAUGCUUUUCAUUUUCAAGAACUUUCACACAUGCUGUUUUAUUUGACUCCUCCAAAAAACACAAAGCAUUUUUAGUUCUAUAUGCUAAAAUGAAACUGAGUCUCAUGGUAGCAACAUGAGCUAUUUAAAAUUGCAGUUAUUUUGGGAACAGAUAUAAUAACCUAAGACUCUUAAUAUAGCUUUUCUACAAUUAAACUAAAAAUAGAUGUUUAAAAUUCCUCUAUUGAUUGCACUAAUUGGAGAUUUUGCAAAUACUAGAAUAGCCUUAAAAUACAAAAUUAAAUAUAACUGCAAUAAGUACCUUAUUUCUUAAAGUCUCUGAUUCUAAUUUUCAUGUUUUCAAAUAACUGAAUGAUGAUGUUUUUCUGUAUUUAUCUUGGUCAGUUUAAGUAGUUGGGAUGAAAAAAAUUAAUUUAUAGUUAUAUUUUCCUCUUUAUGUCUUUUGCUGAACAUUGCCUAAUCUUAAAAUACUGAUAAUUGGCUUUACUUACAAAAUAAUCUUAUCUGACAGUAGUAAUAGGUGGUCCAAAUGCAGAUAAAAUACUAUCUAUUUAAAUCAUUGAAAAUAACAUACAGUAAAAUAUUUAUAAAUCUAUGCAGACUAAACUGUGAGAAAAUGAUUUUUGUGAAACUAUCCCACUGUAUUAGAUGCAUACAAGAGAUUUCUAAAAAAGUUUAUGAUAAUAUAUUUAAUGAAAAUAUGCUAGCAAUUAAAAUUAUAAGAAAUUCUUUUCUAAGAGAUUGCAGAACCUGAAAUAAUUUGCUUAUUCUUUUGAGUGCUCCAAUGAAGUAACCUUAUAUCCCUAUUCAAGAAGUAGCAAAGGCACAUAUAAUGAGAAAUUAAUAUUUCCAAACCUGUUUUGAGUGGUCAUAGCUGAAUUAUCAUUUGACAGUGCUGGUUAUAUGUUCAUAGAAUUCAAUUUAAUUAAAGAAAUAUUUAUUUCGAAUCUUUAUUGCACUAGGAUUUUAGUGAGGGAAAGGAAGACAGGGAUUAAUAUGCAUAAAGAAAUUCACAUCACAAUAAAUGCAAAAUGUCUAAAGAAAUAACAAAUGAGUCAGAAGAAGGGCAAUGUGGAAAAUAAAUACAUGAUGCAGAAUAGGAGGUAAAUUAUUUUUAGGUGGAGAUAAUAUGCAGUUAUUUUGUACACUACUCAAAACUUCAGUACAAUUUUUAUUGUUUGAUUUCACAACAUUUAUGUUUUAUGGAAAUAUGUAGCAGUUUGAAAUUAUAAUAAAAUCAUAUAGCUUAAGCUGUAAUAUUGGGAUAGACUUUAUCCUUGGAAAAAGCUGUUUAAGAAGAUUACCAACAUGGGUAACUUGCAGUGAAAAUUGUUUAAUCUACUUAUGAAAAAAUAGUUUAAGUUUUCUAAAAUAAUUUUAGAAUAUUAUUUGUACAUUUUCAAUGUGUAAUUUUAAGGCAAUCAUUAUACAACAUAAAUAGAUUUAUCAAUAUUUAAAGGCAAUCAGUUAUUCCUUCAAAUUAGUGUGUGUGGACUUGAAUGCAAAAAUAUUCUGAUAAAUUAUUCUGGAAUUUCAGUUUUAAUUAUAUUAUCCUUUAGUUUAAUUGGUUUGAGUCAGGAAGGUUUUAAAAAAUUUUUGCUUAAUGUGGUUUAAAAAUCAUGAAAAGUCGUAACAAAAAUAUACUCUAUUUUUAUGAAAUUUUAUUUCAAAAUUUACAGAAAGAAAGUUUUAAAACUUUCAAAUAUGUUUUUAAAACAGUUAUUGAAAAUAUAGGUUUGAUGUUAUAUAUUGCAUAUGUUUUGUUUUAGUCAGCUUUUUCAGCGCUGUGACUAAAGGACCUGACCAGAACAACUGUAAAGGAGGAAAGGUUUAUUUCACGGUUUCAUAGGUCUCAUGGUUUAAGAGGUCUCAAUCCAUAGAUAGCAGGUUCCAUUCCUCCUGGGUUCAAGGAGAGGCAGAACAUCAUGGUGAGAGAGUACAGUGGAGGGAAGCACCUCAUAUGAUUUUCAGGAAACAGAGAGAUCUCCACUUGCCAGAUAUAAAUAUAUACCCCAUAACCACGCCCCAAAUGACCCACCUCCAUAACCAUGCCCCAAAUGACCAAUUCCUCCAGCCAUAUACCACCUGCCUUCAGUUAUCACUCAAUUAAUCCCAUCAGGUUAUUAAUUCACUGAUUGGUUAACCCAAUCAUUUCUCUGAACCUUCUUGCAUUGUCUCACACGUGAACUUCUGGGGGACACCACAUCCAAACUAUAACACGUCAAAUUGUGCAUUUUAUUUUUAGAUAAAUUUUCACAAACCAGUAGAUAGCAUGAUUUUAUCCAGAUUUUAGAAACUGCACUUUAGUGUCUUUAAAUUUGAACAUUUAGUACUAUAAGGAUAAUAGUUCAAAGAUUUUUACCUUUGGACAUUUCUAGUUAAUGUACUCAUGCACUAAGAAAAAAAUCAAAAAAGUGACUGAACCAUUGUUUUUUUCCUGAAUUAAACCUUUUGUACUAUAGUUAUGAUAUUGGAAACGUGGGAACAUUUGAGUGUCCACUAAACUCCAGGCACUUUAUCAAUAUUUUUUCAUUUACUAAUCUUGUGAAAUGUUGUUGGUUCUAAUUAUCAGUGAGUAGAGAGGCUAAAACCCAGUAGUUUACACAACUAAAUGGUAGUCUUAAUUGGACUCCAGAACUACAAACACAAAUCUUCUAUGGCUCAAAUUGGUGAUAAAUCUGCUUGCAGCAUGCGUGGAAACAUGAUUAUCUAUACAGAUUCUAUGGGAGAUGUGGAUGGACACUUAGCUCAAUUUCUCAUUGUUAUUGGCUCAUUACAAAGAAGUGUUAAUUAGUACAUUCUGGUUUGUUAUUCCUUUCUUAGCAUGGUUACUUCAUACAUUCUAUAAAACCGUUUUCAUCAAAACUUUCUCAGGGCUGGGGUUGUGGCUCAGUGGUAGAGCACUUGCCUAGCAUGUGUGAGACACUGGGUUUGAUUCUCAGCACCCUAUAUAAAUAAAUCAAUAAAAUAAAAGUUCAUUGACAUCUAAAAAUAUUUUCUUAAAAAACUGUUUAACAUUCAUGUGUCUGUGAAGUGGGUUUAAAUUAUAACAAACAAUUAACAGGUACUCCAGCCAAUAAGCCAUGAAAAGUAAGUGGAAAGAGAGGGUAGAUUGUAAAGCUCUUCACCAGUGAACCACAAAAAUGCUAUCUCUGCACAUGGAGGAGAUGUAUUAGUCUAAUCAGAACUUUCCUUUUACUUAGCAAAGAGGUUAGAGAAGUAUUUUCUCUUUCUGCUUAGAACUAUAGGUGGACCACAACUGCUUAAUUUACUUGCAGUUGCAUUUUGAAUGGGCCUGCUGUGUGUAGAUACAGUCUAAGAUAACUGCUUUGACUUGCCUCUGCACAGGUCAACUGCUUCUAAUGACACACAUUUUUCUUAUGUCAUGUAAAUAAAUGAAAGAGUGAAGCAUUUUGUAGAAAAUAUUACAGUGGACUUAAGAACAUCUGCCUUGAAUGUGCAGUGCAUUUAUUUUCUAAGCUAAUCAUUCCAUAGACAGCCUUUUAAUCCCUGAGAAGUUCAUAGUAUUGUCCUUGCUCUUAUGCACAAUUCUGUACCUAUCUUCUUAUAGCCUAUAGACUACUGGAUGAGAAAUUCAUUAGUAAAUUUUUGUUGUUCAUUUUCAGUCAAAUUUACUAUCAAUUCCCACCCACAAAAUAUUAUUGAAUGAAUUUCUCUCCAAUGUUGUAUUCUACCUUUUAAAAUAUCAUGUAUAGUAAUCUCAUAUUCUCCUUUUAAAUUUUGCUACCUAUAAACUGCUAUAUAUUAAUAUAUUGACAUUAUCGCAUUGCUAUAUUCUAGUCUCUCUUGCAUUUUCAUAAUCUUCAAAAACAGAUUAGGACUCUGCAGUUUGUACAUUAUUCAGUUACUUGAAUGAUAAGAUAAAGUUUACUUUGAAUUUUCAUAUUUGGUUUUCUGGACACCACUGAAUUUAUCAAAUGAUCUUUAAAGUAUAUUAUAUGGACUGUUCCUAAUGAAUUUGACUUGAUUUAGUGACAAAGUUUAUUUUCCUAAAACAUUCUCCAACUGAAUCGAUGUAUUUAAAAUAUAUCACAGGAAGCACAUUUUUUUCCCUUUCUAAUAUUUUAUGAUUUAAGAAUAAUAAAGUAACUGCUCUUCAGUAAAUACAGGCUACCAGAGCAUUUACCAAAUAAAUAACCUUGUGUUAGUUUAGCAGAUAAAUGUUUUCUACAGUAUGCCUUUAAAAUUAUUCAGGAAAAAUUGAAUCAGUAUGUAUUCAACAUGAAAUUUUUAUUCCAUUCUGACCAAACACUAACAAAAUGGAUUUUUCUAAA